AUGGCUGACUCCAUAUCCCCAGAUUCCCCGAGUUCCGGGUCCUGGGCUUUGUGGAUGGCCUCCUCCGAAGUGGACCAGAAGGCCCUGGGCAAUUUCGCCGCCGUCAUGGGCCUCGAAAACCCCCUGCUCUCAACAAUGCUAUACAAAGUCCUCGGCGUCUCCGUCAUGCUAUCAAAAAAGCUUCUUAGAGCCCGCAAGCUGCGACGUCUCGAUACAACACGCGAAACAAGAUCCCUCCAGCUGUACCAUCACAUCAUAUGGCUCUCCCGCGAAGGCCUACUAAUACUGGAGGGUUACAUCCUCCCCAUGGUAGACAGAUUUGUCGAGCUAAAAGUGCUUGCCUACAAACUUCGCGCUUCCUUCUACCAUAUCUUCGUCCUAUUCCACAAUCGUCCAAUCUUCACUCCAGACACCGACAUGCCAACCCGCUUCAAACAUGACUCAAUAUACGGUGCAGAUGCCCUAACCGCUCUCGGCGUCACAGACUACAAGUCCAAAAUGAAUAGCACAUCAACACCAACAUCCAGGCCCCCAGGCCUACCAGUAAUGCAACCUGUCCAGUCACCCCAACCAGCCUCAACCUUCCUCCUCCCCCCGCUGGACUACACAGCUACCGCAACAGCCUGCUUCAACCACGCAGCAACCCUCUCCGACAAACUUCUCCCAGGCUCACACCCCCUCCGUCUAUCCGUCAAGCUCGAAUACGCAGCUUAUCUAUACGACUGUCUUCAAGACCCCGUCGCAUGCCGCCGUCUCGCAAAACAGGCCAUCGCAGACGUCUACAAUGCCCAAGAGGGCAUGGACGACGAGAGCUUCGAAGACGCCGCAGAGAUCGUCAGCGUGUUAGGCAAGAUGGUCAAACGUGGCGGGAAACCAGGUUCCAGUACUGGCACUCCGGGGAGCAGUGUCUCCCGCACUGGUCGCUCACGCAGUCGCAGUAGUCUCGCACCUAGUCAUCUUGAUACUAGUGUGCCGACGACCGUCUCGCCUGUGCCGGUUACGAAAUCCACGCCUGUCUCUGAUGAUCGGGUAGGAGUGAGUCGUCCGGCUGUUCCUGAUGCUUCUAUGAUGAAUCCCAUUUGA